AUGGAAUGUAAGCCAGCUAUCACGACAGUCUCUCUUGGGUCAUGCAGCUUUCACAGCAUUACCGACAAGAUUGACGAAGCCGCACGAAAUGGAUUCACGGCCAUCGAACUUUUCAUCGAUGACCUUGAGGCCCUUGCCAGAGACCUCAGCCCUGUACCUGCCACUUUGGUCCCUUCUCGCGACUCUGUAUUAGCUGCUGCCCAUAAGAUUCGCCAGCAGUGUGACACGUUAGAAGUUGUGAUUCUCAAUCUCCAACCCCUGCGCUUCUAUGAGGGUCUGGUUGAUCGGAAAAGACGGAACCAAAUCCUAGAUGAGGUGCUUCCCAUAUGGAUGGAUGCGCUGAAAAUUCUCGGCGCAGACACUAUUCUAGUCCCCUCGAACUUCCUCCCCGAGGACCCUGAGACUGGACUUCCUCAGACAGUCGGCGACUUGGAUAUAAUUGUCGAAGAUCUCCGUGAACUGGCUACGCGAGGCGCCCGACACGAACACUCCAUCAAAUUUGCUUACGAGGCACUUGCUUGGGGCACGCAUGUCAACACCUGGGAAAAGUCUUGGGAAAUCGUUCAGGCAGUCAAUCGACCCAAUUUCGGCCUUGCCCUGGAUACGUUCAACAUUGCCGGCGCCAUCUACGCCGAUCCAACCGCAGAGGAUGGUCUCGUUGCGGACACGGCUGAGGCCGACCUAUCCGCCUCACUGGGCCGUAUGGCCUCUACUCUGGAUAUCAGCAAGCUGUUUAUCGUCCAGAUAGCCGACGGUGAGCGUCUCAGCCAGCCACUCCUCACGGGCCACCCUUUCUAUGUUGCCGGUCAGCCCAGUCGAUUGAGCUGGUCUCGAAACUGUCGGCUGUUCCUUUGUGAGAACGACCGUGGUGGUUACUUGCCUGUCCUCGGCAUACUGAAGGCUAUCCUCGAUCUCGGCUGGACCGGAUACCUUGCGUAUGAGGUCUUCUCGCGUUCGUUGGCAGAUGCUGAUCACCGGACACCGGCGCUACAUGCAGAGAGGGGAAGGAGAUCUUGGCAGCAGCUUUGUAAGAUUGCACAGACCCAACUGAAUCAGUCUGAAGCUUCCGGUCGCAGCGGAUUCAAAUUACGUGGAAUGGAAUUGGUAGGGAGUGUGGUGCACGAGGUUGAGAGAGGAGUGGUUCAAGGACCUCGUAUGGCAGCAUUGUGA